AUGGCUGACUUGGAUCACAACCUCAGUCUUGCGGAUGCUCUGACAGAGCCGCCUCCCGAGAUUGAGGAAGAGGUGAAAAGGGACUUCAUUGCCACUCUGGAGGCAGAGAAAUUUGAUGAUGUGGUUGGAGAAACAGUAGAUAAAACAGACUAUGUUCCUCUGCUGGACGAUGAUGAUGCAAAAGUUGGGAGCCAGGAGCCAAAAAGCAAACCCCAUGCAGACGGUAUUCAGGUGGAACAUACUUCAGCUUCUGGGCCAACAGUUGUAGAAAAUGGUGACCAUGGAAUAGAAGAUCACCGCACAGCCGAAGUGUUUCGGAUGAGCAGUGCCAAACUCUGCAACCAGUGGAUUGUUUCCUUUGGUGGUGAGGAGGGUGUGGACUUUGAGAGGCCAUACUGUAGCACCUCUAUUUUCUUGAGG